CUCCCUGGAGUGAUUCCGUCCUACGCAGCUGUUCCUUGGAGCAGUACUCGUUUAUCUCCAUCCGCCUUCUCCCCCACCUAAGUGCGUGCCACCACCUCAUGGAAGAUUCGAUGGACAUGGACAUGAGCCCCUUGAAGCCUCAGAACUAUCUUUUCAGUUGUGAACUAAAGGCUGGCAAAGAUUAUCACUUUAAGGUGGGUAAUGAUGAAAAUGAGCACCAGUUAUCUUUAAGAACAGUCAGUUUAGGGGCUGGUGCAAAGGAUGAGUUGCACAUUGUUGAAGCAGAGGCAAUGAAUUAUGAAGGCAGUCCAAUUAAAGUAAUACUGGCAACUUUGAAAAUGUCUGUACAGCCAACGGUUUCUCUUGGGGGCUUUGAAAUAACACCACUGGUGGUCUUACGGUUGAAGUGUGGUUCAGGGCCUGUGCAUAUUAGUGGGCAGCACUUAGUAGCUGUGGAAGAAGAUGCAGAGUCAGAAGAUGAAGAGGAGGAGGAUGUGAAAUUCUGACGUGAAGCCAUCUGG